UCUCCUCUAAGUACCCUUAACCCAAUUGAAUUAGAAGGGCACACCCCGUGGCAUGCGUCGCGUCGCUUGCAACCGUAUCGUCCCGCAUUUCCUCGAUUCCCUUUCCGCGCGUGAAACUACUCGCGAGUGCACCUCUUCGCUACCGAACGGAAGCUGGGAUCACGCGUGCUUGAUGUACUAUAUCCGAGAGAUGAACAAUAUCGGUGUUUUCGCCAUCAAAAUCCCGGAGUAACUCGACCAACAUCUGGUGUCUGCGAUAGUUCGUUGUAAAAUAUAACAAGAACGUAGCGACACGGGUUACAAUCUUGAAUUUGUUAAAUCGACCGCAAGAACUGGCACGUUGUCUAAAUAUUUGCAUUGCCUCGAAUCCGCUCCUCGGUGGAGACCCUCGUUUCACGAUCGCGAGGGUGAAAGAGGACACACCAGGAUGGAACGAAUAGCACGUCGGUCGAACUGCCCACGGAAGGGAGCUAAUACACGUCACGUAACGCUUUUCUAAGGUAUCAGCGAGGUUUUGGUAGCCUGGACGUGGCCGAAGUGCACGAGAAUGGAGCACCUGGAUGAUUAUCAGACCGCCGAGCCCGCCAACGGCAAAGGAACCGGGAACGUCGAUGAUGAAGAUGGUUUCGAUCUCGACGAUCUACUGCCGAUCGUCGGCGAGUUUGGUCGUUAUCAGAAACAGCUUCUCUGGCUCGUGUGUCUUCCGGCGUGUCUCCCUUGCGGAUUUUGCGCCUUCAAUCAGCUCUUCAUGGCCGACACGCCGCCCCACUGGUGCAAAGUGCCAGGAUUGGAGAACUUGGACGUGUCGCGUAGAAGGAAACUCGCGAUCCCUAUCAGUCAGGAUGACAACGAAACGUACAGUCAAUGCACACGAUACGAUAUCGAUUGGACAGCGGAGAAUAUUUCUGUCGUGACGACGCUCUCGUCUAUACCAAACGCAUCGUGGCCUGUUGUCCCGUGCGAUCAUGGUUGGGAGUACGAGACCUCGGAGACACCGUCCUCCAUCGUUAUCGACUUCAAUUUAGUGUGCGAUCAUGCGAUUUAUCCGACGAUCGGUUUGGUCGCUCUGAACACUGGUGGUCCGAUAGGGGUGUACCUUUUUGGUACCCUAAAUGACAGAAUCGGCAGAAGGCUAUCCUUUUUCACUUGCCUAGCGACACUGAUCACAGGAGGAUUUCUAACAUCGAUAUCGAACAGCUUUUGGACAUGGGCUGCCACGAGGAUGGUCGUCGGCUUGACCAUACCAGCCAUUUACCAGAUACCUUUCAUCAUAUCUUUGGAAUUGGUUGGACCAAAUUACCGUUCGUUCGUGACGGUAAUGACUUGUAGCUUUUACACAAUGGGCCUGUGUAUGCUGGCUGGCGUGACCUACUUGAUAAGAGAUUGGAGAACGUUAGCAGUAACCACAAGUGCACCUUUUCUUUUGUACUCCUUGUACUGGUGGUUCCUGCCAGAGUCUCCACGAUGGCUGUUAGCGAAAGGCCGUCUCGGAGAGGCGAACGACAUCCUCGAGAGGCUCGCGAAAGUUAAUGGGAAAGAGCUACCAAUCUCUUUCACCCAGAAACUUCGUCAACGAAUGAUGAUGUCACGGUCCAAAAGUGAGGAGGAGAGAUUGCGCAACGGGCCUGGUGUUCUCUCUCUCUUCAAGUCGCCGAACAUGCGUCUGAAAACGUGUUUAAUCACAUUGAAUUGGUUUGCCAACAACAUGGUGUACGUCGGUUUGUCGUACUACGGUCCAGCUCUGGGGAACGAAGAACACCUGAGCUUCUUCUUUUCGUCUCUCGCUGAGAUUCCUAGCUACAUGGCUUGUUGGGUCGUGAUGGAUCGAUGGGGCCGUCGAUGGCCUCUUUGUCUAUGUAUGGUCGUUGCUGGGAUCUCCUGUAUCGCCACGGUUCUCCUGUCAUCUGACGCUGUGGUGGCUACGUUGAUUCUGUUCCUGUUAUCGAAAUCCGCGAUAUCUGCCUCCUUUUUAAUUAUAUAUCCGUUCGCCGGUGAACUUUACCCCACGCAACUGCGCGGCGUAGCGAUCGGUUUCUCUGCUUACAUCAGUGGUCUCGGACUUAUCAUCAUUCCUUUUGUUACUUAUCUCGGUAAGGAGAACUUGGUGCUGCCCCUCGUGAUAUUGGGCACCGUAUCGGUGAUAGGCGGUCUCUCGGGCUUGCGUCUGCCGGAGACUCUGCAUCAUCGUUUGCCGCAAACGGUAGAAGAGGGGGAGCUUUUUGGAAAGGACUGGACCUGUGCCGACUGUUUUCGUUGCGUUCCAAUCAAACCUUCGUCCGCUGCUGCUUCCUACGAGGACCUAUCGGCCAGAGAGACGAUGGAGAUGCACGAGGUUCCCGAACCACCUGUCGACAUUCCUCAAAGAACAUUGGAAGAGCAACAGAGACCCAGUGGCGCGAGCGUGCGUCGUUUGGUCCGUCAGUCCAGCGUGAUGGACACGCAGCGGGACUCCGACGGCUCCAUCAAGAUGACUUACUGGUUCUAGACUGGUUGAAUCGAGCCGUGUGCCUCAAAUAAAAUCGAAACAACGAUACGUAUUAUGCAUUGUCGUUUCUUACUCUAUUUGGGCUCUUGGCACACAAUCUAGAGGGAAGAAAACUUUUCACGGUUUCUAAUACUUAACGGUUAAAUUGUUCGUGAUGUAUAGAUUCGAUGAUGGAAAUAGUUUAUUUUUAAACAGGCAACGGAUUAAAUAUAAAUCCCCUCGAUUAUCGAAUGAGAAUUUCGUUCUGCCCUAAUGUGGACAAGUGGAGGGAGCGAAGGUAAGGGUAGUAAUGUAUAGACUGUGCAGGGCUGCUAUUGUAGUAUAGU